AGUCAGCCAGCUAUGCUUAUCAACAAAAUGUGAUUAUCGUCAGUCAACUUUAUACAAAUUACUAAGUAACAAAAUCGAUGAUGUAAUCUUACACGAUAUAGUAAGCUAGUAGUUGUUUGUAUCCAACAUUGUGUUUUGGAAAGUAUAAUGCCAGCUAGCUACAGUAGUUGGCUGGCUAUCUUCUAGCGUUACAGUAGCUAGAUAGCUUAGGUCAUCACAACGAGUUAACUAGGUAGCUUACUAACGUUACGUUGCACUGCAAAUACAGACGCACGUUACGGUUAUGUCAGCUCUCAGUUCGUAGAUGAAACGUUUAUGCAUGCAUGCAUGUAGGUAUUAAAGUAGCGAGCCAUAUGGCAACCAUGUUCAAUCAUUUUCGGAGGCUAAGCAUACACUACAUGGCCAAAAGUAUGUGGACACCUGCUCGUCGAACGUCUCAAUACACAAUCAUGAACGUUGAUAUGGAGUUGGUCCCCCUUUGCUACUAUAUCAGCCUCCACUCUUCUGGGAAGGCUUUCCACUAGAUGUUGGAACAUUGCUGCUGGGACUUGCUUUCAUUCAGCCACGAGUAUUAGUGAGGUCGGGCACUGAUAUGUUGAGCAAUUAGGCCUGGCUCGCAGUCGUCGUUCCAUUUCAUGGGGUUGAUGUCAACCCAGAUUCAUCUGUCGGACUGCCAGAUGGUGAAGCAUGAUUAAUCACUCCAGAGAACGCGUUUCCACUGCUCCAGAGCCCAAUGGCAGCAAGCUUUACACCACUCCAGCUGAUGUUUGUGUGCGGCUGCUCAACCAUGGAAAUUUCAUGAGGCUCCAGUCCAGACGAACAGUUCUUCUGCUGGAACUCAGUAGGUGUUGGUGAUGUCAGUGGACCAUACGAUCACUUGAGGAUAAAGUUAGCGUUUCCCUUUUCUCAUCCUGUCCUGGCGUCCACGGCUGCUCCGGCCCUGGCAGCCAUGGCCGACUCUACAGUGGUCAGCGACCAGCAGCCGCCCGUGUCCGGUCAGACUACUCCUUCCAGAGGACCGUACAUCGCGGUGAUCACAAACAGAAACACCAAUCUGGGGAUCCGUGGGUUCAUGCUGUUCUCUAUAGGAGUGUUCUUGGCUUUGGUGCUCAAUCUGCUGCAGGUACAGAGGAACGUCACUCUGUUCCCCCCUGAUGUCAUCAGUAGCAUAUUCUCAUCAGCCUGGUGGGUGCCGCCCUGCUGUGGAACCGCCUCGGCAAUGAUCGGUCUGUUGUAUCCAUGCAUUGACAGUAGGCUCGGCGAGCCCCACAAGUUCAAGCGGGAGUGGUCCAGUGUGAUGCGUUGUGUGGCCGUGUUCGUUGGCAUCAACCAUGCCAGCGCUAAAGUGGACUUUGCGAACAACGUGCAGCUGUCCCUGACGCUGGCGGCCCUGUCCAUCGGCCUCUGGUGGACAUUUGACCGGUCUCGCUCCGGCUUUGGCCUGGGGGUGGUCAUCGCCCUGCUGGCCACUCUGUCCACUCAGCUCCUGGUCUACAACGGAGUCUUUCAGUAUACCUCUCCAGAUUUCCUGUACAUUCGCUCCUGGUUGCCUUGCAUCUUCUUCGCUGGUGUGAUAACCAUGGGGAACAUAGGACGGCAGCUAGCCCUGUAUGAAUGCAAACGUAUGUCAGGAAAGACUCAUCAAGACUAAAAGAACUUCUGGCUAUAUCAAACUGUUGCACAAAAUAUUUUUAAAAAUUGCAACAAAAAGCCGAAAGGAGGAUGUAAAAGGACAUCUGUAUGCAGCGUUGAUGGGGAUUGGUCAAUCAUGGUGGAGGCGGAGCAGUCAUGCACAAUUAUGUGCUUCUGUUUUGCUGAGUGCUGUAGGACAAGACUGUUUCGAUUGGUUGAUUCCUUUGUGCCUCUUUAGGGCCGAGGUGGACGGACAACAGAUAGCUUUAUUAUAAGCAUUCAAUGGCUGGCCUAAUAAGAGGAAUAACAAGAAUUGCCGAUGUUGUGUGUGUGUGGUAGGUAGGCUCAAUCUGCAACGCAAUCUGUGAUUGCAACUCAACAGGCACCAAUAUUAGUGUCACUCUGCUGCUGUUCAGGGCACCUCAGCACCAGUGGUGUGAAACCUUUGGCUCCAUCGUGCCAAACAGACUUACACACAGGAUUAUCUGAAUUAUUUUCUUUAUUCAUCCAUUCCUUAUAUCAUUGAUACAUUAGUAGAAUCUAUAUACAUUUAUUUCAUGCUUUUAAAAUGUACAAUUAUAUACAUACAUAUAGUUUUUUUUUUUUUUUGUUACAUGUGGAUAAUGUCUUUGCUGGCAGUUGAGAAGGGGUGAAGUGUUUAUUGCUGCACUUAUUUGUGACAUCCUAGCGGGAUAUCAAGGCAACUGGCAUACAGGGUCCAGUUGGUAUUUCAAACAACCUUACCUACACCUGCUUUUCUACACCUGCCCAUUUUGGGUCCAUUCAAUGUUCAAUUGAAAUUAAAAUGACUGUUUUGUAAAAAAUAAUAAUAAUAAAAUGCUCAUAGAAAUUUAUGGGCAAAAUUUCACUUCCUGAAUUGAAAACCGAAUUGACCUAAACCCCGAUCAGUUCAAGUCAGAGACCAGGCUAACUAUUUCAUUGUCCAUCCAGCAGGUGCACACAAGAAUCCACAUCAGCAGUGGUUCUUGGGUCAGAGGUACUGCUGAUAAGCUAUUAGUGCUUAUUGAGUUCGGUUUGAUUAUAAAAAUAUAAACCAUCCAAGUUUUCGGUUUUGAUUAUUUUUCAACGUUAAAUGCGUUGUGGGCUGAAUGCUGUAAAACAGAAUAAAACAGUAAAGGUCCCUUGGUGACUGUCCAUUACUGCAUAUCACGUAUUAACAUCUCUUCACAUUACUUUACAAAAAUAUUUCACUUGUGUAUAUUACAUUUGUUUUAUUUGAUGACUUUUAUUUAAUUCCAAGCAUCAUCUCAUCUGUAUAGAGCUGAUGUCUGACAAAAUCACUAUUUUAGUAGUUCAUUAAAGUAAAUAAGGCAUACUUUUAUGACUGUUGAAUACCAACUAUCAGUCACUUAGAUCAUGUAUUUUAAGGUAAAGAUACCUCCCGAAUCAACUGCUAUCUAUCCCUCUCAAUCGCCAUUCUCCCUCCGUGUCUGCCCCACACUAGCAUAGCGGGGGUAAAAUAAACACACAAACCUGACAAGUAGGUGUGGAAUGGGUCAUUGUUGUUAAUUACCAAGUUUCUGCAUUAAUCUAUGUAGAAUAUUUGCCUGUUGGAAACUAUAACUCCUUACUACAUCGCACAGUUUGGGCUUGAUCUGAUGUAUCUCUAGAAAAACUGCACGUUGAGCACACAGACAAUAAUUGAACUGACUUCUGCAUUAAAAAAAAUGGAACAUUUGAUUCGCUAAACGGAUAUAAUAAAGUGUUACAUUCCUGUA